AUGAAUGCCACAGAACACCAUGGGUUGAUCUCUGUGAGCUAUAACAGGAACUCCAGCACUGCUGGGAGUCUGGUAUCCAUCAACAAAGACUCAGAGAGUUUUGGUCUCAAUGACUCUUCGACAGGAUGUUACGACCAGCUCCUCAUCUCCACCGAGGUCUUCCUCACACUGGGGAUUGUCAGUUUAUUAGAGAACAUCCUGGUGAUUGCCGCUAUCAUCAAGAACAAGAACCUCCACUCUCCCAUGUACUUCUUCAUCUGUUCUCUGGCUGUGGCCGACAUGCUGGUCAGCGUCUCCAAUGCCUCCGAGACGAUCGUCAUAGCCCUGAUCAACAGCGGCAACCUGAGCAUCUCUGGGUCGCUGAUAAAAAGCAUGGACAACGUGUUUGACUCCAUGAUCUGUAGCUCACUGCUGGCGUCGAUCUGUAGUCUCUUGGCAAUCGCCAUAGACCGCUACAUCACCAUAUUCUACGCGCUGCACUACCAUAACAUUGUGACGGUAAAAAGAGCGCUGGCGGUGAUCUCCCUCAUAUGGCUGUGUUGCGUGGUGUCGGGCGUGCUCUUCAUCAUCUACUCUGAGAGCACCACUGUCCUCGUCUGCCUUAUCACCAUGUUCUUCACCAUGCUUGCACUUAUGGCCUCGCUCUACAUCCACAUGUUCCUCCUAGCCCGGCUACACAUGAAGAGGAUUGCCAUGCUGCAUGGGAAUGCGCACAUCCGCCAGCAUGCCAACAUGAAGGGUGCCAUCACCCUCACCAUCCUCCUAGGUGUGUUCGUAGUGUGCUGGGCUCCCUUCUUCCUCCACCUCAUCCUCAUUAUCGCCUGCCCCAGGAAUCCCUACUGUGCCUGUUUCAUGUCGCACUUCAACAUGUACCUCAUCCUCAUCAUGUGUAACUCGGUCAUCGACCCUCUAAUCUACGCACUCCGUAGCCAGGAGAUGAGGAAGACCUUCAAGGAGAUCUUCUGCUGGUACAGCUUGCCAAACCUGUGUGUGUGUGAGCUCCCUGGGAAAUAG